AUGACGAAGCGGGUAUACUUUGUCGUUCACGGAACUGUCCAAGGUGUCGGCUUCCGAUACUUUACGCGGAAGAAGGCUCGAGAGUAUGGGGUCACAGGAUGGUGCCGAAAUACGCGGGAUAAUACGGUCGAGGGCGAGGCCCAAGCCACCGAAGAUAUCCUAACCAAGUUCCUCAAGGAUGUGGAUUAUGGGCCCAGGCAUGCCAGAGUGACCAAGGUCGUAAAGGAAGACCGGGAGAUUGUCGAGGGAGAAGACAGUUUUGAUGUCACACGCUGA